AUGUGCAACAUCAGCCGACAGGAAGCUGUAAGUAUGCUGCCACCUCUUGUGAUGGACAUUCGUGCUCAUCACGCCGUCCUCGAUCUUUGCGCAGCACCCGGUUCCAAAUCAGCUCAGAUUGUGGAACUAAUGCACGCUGACUCAGCUGCUCAACCGGACCAAACCUGUAACGGUGUCUUGAUCAACCAAUUAGAACCACCGGGGAUUCUAAUCGCAAAUGAUCUUGACGCUAAGCGAUGCUAUAUGAUGGUCCACCAGUUGAAGCGUCUCCAAAGUCCCUGUGCUCUCACCACUCAGCAUGAUGCUACGAUAUUCCCGAAGCUUUACCUGACUCCAGAACCCUCUCGCGAGCGCUUAAGUGACUGCCAUGACAAGGUAAAACAGUACUUAUGA